UGUCGGCGCGGCGGGGCGGGCAUGGCGCUGUCGCCCUACGUGCAGGCCAUGCAGGAGCUGUUCCGCGCCAACACGCGCAGCCGCGAGUUCCCGGCGCACGGCGCCAAGGUUCACUCCGUGGCCUGGAGCUGCUGCGGCCGCCGCCUCGCGUCCGGAUCCUUCGAUAAAACCGCGAGCGUCUUCCUGCUCGAGAAGGACCGGCUGGUAAAAGAGAACAACUACCGCGGCCACGGUGACAGCGUGGAUCAGCUCUGCUGGCAUCCCAGCAACCCCGACCUCUUUGUCACUGCGUCCGGGGACAAAACCAUCCGCAUCUGGGAUGUCCGCACCACCAAGUGCAUCGCCACCGUCAACACCAAAGGGGAGAACAUCAACAUCUGUUGGAGCCCUGAUGGACAGACCAUUGCAGUGGGGAACAAGGAUGAUGUUGUCACCUUCAUUGACGCAAAGACGCAUCGCUCCAAAGCAGAGGAACAGUUCAAGUUUGAGGUGAAUGAGAUCUCCUGGAACAACGAUAACAACAUGUUCUUCCUCACUAAUGGGAAUGGCUGCAUCAACAUCCUCAGCUACCCAGAACUCAAACCCAUCCAGUCCAUCAACGCCCAUCCUUCAAACUGCAUCUGCAUCAAGUUUGACCCCAUGGGGAAGUACUUUGCCACAGGCAGCGCUGAUGCUUUAGUCAGCCUCUGGGAUGUGGAUGAACUGGUGUGUGUGAGGUGCUUCUCCAGGCUUGACUGGCCUGUGCGAACACUGAGCUUUAGCCAUGAUGGGAAGAUGCUGGCAUCGGCAUCAGAGGAUCACUUCAUUGACAUUGCAGAGGUGGAGACAGGAGAGAAGCUCUGGGAGGUGCAGUGCGAGUCCCCUACCUUCACAGUGGCCUGGCACCCGAAGAAGCCUCUGCUGGCUUUCGCCUGUGACGACAAAGAUGGCAAAUACGACAGCAGCCGAGAAGCAGGCACUGUCAAGCUCUUCGGGCUCCCCAAUGACUCCUAAUGGAACUGCAGCAGGGCAGGGCACGAGGGUCCACGACACUUCCCCACCCUCAGGGAUGGAAGAGAGCUUAGUUAGCAUAGGACGGGGUAAGGAUGUCGGUCCUCUCCUUACCUGCUUGGCAUUGCCAUCGCCUUUUCUCAGCUCCACGUGUGCUGCUCUCAGAAGCUUUUGUAAAAGGCAGCUUGUGUGCUGGUGAGGAUGGGGGUGCCAGCAGGGCUCCCGCACCAUUUCAGGGCUGCCUCAUCCCUGGGGCAUGGAAGGUCUGUUCCAAAGGCAAGCGGCCAAAGAAAAUUAUGGAAUGGGACUGCUGAAGGGGCCUCCUGAGAUGAGAAUGCUGCUCCAGGGCAGCAGUGUGGAAGCCCCAGCGGCAGGCUCCCCAGCAGCAGUGAGCUAUGUGAUUGUCCCUUCCAUCCUCCCCCACAGCCCGGUGGUGAGGGCAGCCCUGGAGCAUGGCCUGUCCCUUUCCUGUGCAGAGGAUCAGAGGGGCAGCAAGGGGAAGGUGUGGGGGCGUGCACCCGGGCUGUGGCAUUUUUUUUGUAUUUGUGGUUGUUUUUAUAAUUUUGAUAAAUCCUCUUCCAUAACGAAGGUUCCUGGAGCUGCUGUGAGAGCAGGAGGAGAUGAGCAGGGAAAGGAGCAUGGUGCUGAGCGGCCGCUUCCACUGCCAGCACGGUGCGGCAGUGGGUCAGCCCCACUGGCAGGGGUCCGUGUUGAGGCCUCGUCCCCGUCUCGUGUCGCCCCACCAGAGGGCGCUGUGCCCCCACGCUGGGGACAAGAUUCUGAAGGGAUGCCGCUCGGAGGAUGGGGACAGUCACGCACAACUGUCCCCAUCCCGUAACCCAGCCCUGCCCUCCCUGCUCCAGCUAGCAGCACCUACACGAAUGGAGCGGGGCCGUGGUGGCAGCAGAAGACACCUGCUUGACCCACGGCUGCUGGCCUAAGGCUGAGCUGUCCCUGUGCCUCCCUGCCCCCAGGGGAGCAGAGCGGGGCUCUUCCCCACCGUGCGCUGGGUCACGUUGCAGGCACUCACUGGAGAGGAGGUGCUGGCGCAACCUGCCUGUGAUGGAGACCUUGCCCGCACGAUCUCUAUCAUUUCUUAGCCUAAUAUUUCCUUCUGACA